AUGGAGACCGUUCGGAAUAUCUCAAAUCCCAUAUCGCCAGCGAUGCUAGGACCAUCAAAGUGGCUCGCCCUCUAUGAAGACUUCGUUACCAAGAACUCCAGCUCCGUUGGACAGGUCGAGUCCGCCUUGCGGUCGCUGACCUACAUCAUCCCUGGACGCUAUCGUGAAUCCGAAGUCGCCUCAGAAUGUGUCCAUUCCGGUGUCCAGCUCCUGUCCCUUUACCAUGACUCCCUCGUAGCGAAAGUCAUCUCACGGCUCCCAUCAACCGUUCCGCGACCGACGCCAACCCCUCAUUCGCGAUAUACCAAGUACUGGACUUCUCGCUCCUCCUUGUACCGUCAGGUGGCCCUCGCGCUCCAGAUGCUCCAAUAUACAGAGCUCCUUUGGGAAAUGGCAGCGCGCCGACGCGGGCAGAAGACUAGAUGGCGCGUCGUUGUCUUUAUCGAAUUUGCCAAAGCAGUCUGCCGCAUUCUGCUCCUCCGUUUGACAAAUUCUAGACCCUUAGUCAACCCCCCGCUUCCCGAGCGCGAAGUUGACCCCAGAACAAUGGAGCAGCCGGAAGAGGAGCAGAGCGACUGGAAUGGAAUGGAGACCCCCACCAGCGAAAAGUCAUCCGACUUGAACUGGACGAUGCCUCGAACUGGUCUUUCGCUCCCAUCACUUCCGGACGUCAAUGACGUUUCAAACUAUCUCAUUUCCAAAGUUCUCACUGCCGAUGACAUCAAGCCCCCGAAAACGCUUCUGCAUCGAGUUACCGGCCAAGGGCAGCUGGCGGAGGUUCUCUAUAUUCUGCGACCAGUAGUCUAUGCCCUGGCGAUGCAGAAAUGGAGCAAAGAUAAGCGAAGCUGGCGGCCCUGGCUGAUCGGUUUUGGAAUGGAGUAUGGCUGUCGACAACUCGCUAAGCGGGAUUUCCGCGAACGUGUUGCGGGAGGUCUUCGAGGCCUGACUGGACUUGAGCGUGAGGAGCUGAGAAAGCGCGGAUGGUCCAUGGGUUGGUGGUUGAUGCGGGGUGCCUUUUACGAGAACAUUACCAAGUCAUGGCUGCACAGUCUUACUGGCAAGAUGAAGGGCAAGCCACUGUUGGACCUGGUAGGCAGCGUGGUGGAGGACUAUGAAUACCUGUGGGAUAACUACUACUUUUCAACUGCGACGCUGUGA